AUGUCGAUCAACCCAACAGAGGCCCGCCAGCCUAAGGCGACGCCCGGCCCCAACACUGCGGAUCUUCUCAAGGCCCGGCCUGCAUACUUCAACCGAUCCAUUUCCGAUGUUUCUGCACCUGCGAACCUCUACCCAUCGCAACCCACGAGCACGAGGGAGCGGGAGAGGGAGAGGCUGUCGCCCGAGGACAAGACUGGCCAAUCGACAAUAAAUCCUCUUUCGAACGCCCCUAGAACCUCUGCAGACUUGCCGUCUUCAGCGAGAUCGGAUGCCCUUUCAGCAAAGUCCGCACCGGGUACCAGUCGCAGCGCUGGCUCUGUGACGAUGGCUCCGAAAACAGACGAUCCGGCUUCGGCGCCAGGUGUGAGGAAGACGAGCAACGAGCAAAAGUCCCAAUCUCAGAAGGACUGGCAACAAAUGUCGAAAACCGUGAAUGGCCUAAAACAAUGCAUCCUAGACCUUGGUGAGGUCUCCUCCGAGACCACGCAACGAUUAGACAAGACAUAUUAUUCGGUACUAGAAAAGGUUGGCACGCUCCAGAGCACUAUAUUAGGGCUUAAGGAGUUGGCCCUCCAAUCACAAAAGACGACGGACAACUUUGAGAGAGACACGAAGGAGGUGACGAAAGAGGUACAGAGUCAACUCAGUGGUUAUGGCAACUUCAAAGAGCAGGAGCAACGCAUAGAAUCCCUGCGCGAACGUAUCGAGGUCAGCCGCAAGAAGAUCUCGGCGCUUGGUGAACGCGUCGACGUAGUCAAGGGCCGAGUCGAAGGGUGGGAACGCGCGGACAACGAAUGGCAAGAACGGACUCGCCGACGGCUCAAGACCUUUUGGGCCGUCACUUCUAUCGUGUUCUUCAUCCUCGUGUUGAUAUAUCUUGGCGCCCCUUACGGAGGGUCAGGGGUCAAGCCGUCUGAUCCGGAUGGUCAAGAUGAUAUCACGACCAAGGGGCUUGGCGAGGUGACGGACGCUGUGACGGGCAGCUUAUCGUCGACAGGUGCUUCCGCGUCGGAGAUGGAGACUACGUAUGAUGAGGAAAAGCGGCUCCCUAACCUUACAAGGCGGCCUGAGAUGGGAAGCAAGGAUGAGCGGCUUAGGGUAUUUGACGAGUUAUGA